GUAAAGUGAAAAAUCAUCUCUGUCAAACUAACACAUUCAUAAAAGUACAAAUUCUCCAUGAUAUUUUGUGUAUAUAAAUCAAGUAGAAUUAAUGAACGCACUGAAACUUCAAAAGAAAGCGUAGUAAAACAGAACAACAAAGGUUACAGAUCUCUGCGACUUUUACUGCAUUCCUCUCACCGUUACAAACAAAAACGCCUUCAAGAAGCAGGACAAAUGCGCGCACGGGGCUGAGAGUGAAUGCAGUUCCGCUUGUCCCGCGCACUGCCCCCCUUCAGCAGCGCGCUCCCUGCGCUCCCCGAGAGGAGGCGGGCCGAGCGACAAGCGGAACUGCUUUUGAUCCCCGAGGGACUCGCAGCCUUCACAUUCCGCGCAUUCCAGGGGCCGUGAACAAUCGGAGCUCGGUCAUUUAUUAGCAGAGCCCCUCCCCUCCUGAGCUCAGUCUGCUGGAGAAGCUCUCCAGACGCGCACGCAGCUCAAACAUACGCAUGGAAAUAAAAGCCGUACCCAACGAAUUUCCUUAAGGAUUAUUUCGUUAAACAGAUAAACGAGUACAGAAAGUCGUCCGUAACUUUUGGUCGUGAUGCGAUUGUGAUUCGGUUCACAGUCUAGCCCAAAAAAACUCUCCUAACAUAGUAUCAUUGAUAACCAUCUGCAAAACAAAGACUGAAAUGAGAACGGCAGAGGAUUCAUCAGGCACGGUCCUGCACCGACUGAUUCAAGAGCAACUCCGUUAUGGGAACCCUACUGAUCCUACUCUGUUGGCCAUCCAGCAGCAGGCUCUGCGUGGAGGCAGCAGCGGUGGAGGUGCAGGAAGCCCUCGUUCAUCCCUGGAAAGCCUAACGCAAGAGGAAUCACUUUCUCCCCAGUUGUCCACCCGGCAAGAGCCCCAGGGCCAAGAGCACCAGGGGGACUACCAGCAUUCAGAGAGUCCCAUCUGCCACCUCUAUCAGCUCCACACAGAGGAGCUGCCUACUUAUGAGGAAGCAAAGGCUCACUCACAGUACCUGGCCUACCAGAGAGGUCAGGUAGGGCUUCAGCACGGCAGCCUGGAGACCCCUGGUGUGGUUGGAUCCGAGCAGGAAGAGAGAAUGUGGGAUAUGAAGCGAGAACAUGCUCGCUCGCUUAGCGAACACCUCAUGCAGCUCUCACUGGAGAGGAACUGUGCCCAUGACAGUAUUCCCAUGAGCUCAUCGCAUAGCUACCCCCAGCUCUCUAAUAACCACUCUGCUCCUGUUGUAAAUGAGAGGUCGAUGCAUGAGCCAGACCAACGCGGUCCACCCCCGGAAUACCCCUUUAUGGUCAGAUCCCCUGGAUAUAUGCUUAGUCAUUCACAGGAACAUGGGCAGUAUUACAAAGAGCCUCCCCCUGCUUUCCAUUCACAGCAUCACAGGUUAUUUCCAACUCAGUUGCAAAUGCCCCGCCAUAGUGGCCUGCCCACGUUGACCCCUGCUGGUCAGGAUGUCAUUGUUGGAGGAUACAGCAUCCCAGUGAACAACUGCCAAGUAGAGCAGCUCAUUAAAGAGAACGAAAGACUGAGAGGAGAAGUGGAGAGCUACAGCGAGAAGGCAGCAAGGCUACAGAAGCUCGAACAGGAGAUUCAGAGGAUAUCGGAGGCCUAUGAGACUCUUAUGAAGGGAUCUGCAAAGAGAGAAGCCCUUGAGAAAACCAUGAGGAACAAGCUUGAGAGUGAAAUCAAGCGACUUCAUGACUUCAACAGAGAUCUCAGGGACCGCCUGGAAACAGCCAGCAAACAGAGAGCAGCCAUGGAAGUUGAAGACAAGAGUCGGCAUGCCUUCGCCAAACUGGUUGAGCAAAAUGAGGAUCACCUUAGAGAGCGGGAAUGUCUGGAAAAAGAGCUGAAGCAUUUGCACGUCUCAGGAGAAGAAUGGAAGAGGCGCAGAGAAGCCUUGGAGCAAGCGCUGAUGUCCGCUCAGACACGAAAUAGGCAGCUGGAAGAGGAGUUACGAAGGAAACGAGCUUACGUUGAGAAGGUGGAGAGAAUGCAGAGCGCCCUGGCACAGUUGCAGGCAGCAUGUGAGAAGAGGGAGGCGCUGGAGUUGAGAUUGAGGACCAGACUGGAGCAGGAGCUGAAGAGCCUGAGAGCACAGCAGUGGCAGUCUCAAGCCCAGCAAACAAGUCCUGGGUCCUACUCGGACCUUAACGUGUCAUCUCUGCAUCAGCAGCUGAGGGAGCGAGAGGAGCAGGUUCUGGCCCUGGAGGCUGACAUAACCCGCUGGGAGCAGAAGUAUCUUGAGGAGAGCACGAUGCGUCAAUUUGCCAUGGAUGCCGCUGCUACUGCUGCAGCUCAGAGGGAUACAACAAUCAUCAACCAUUCACCUCGCCAUUCACCUAAUAGCAGCUUCAAUGAGGACCUGCCGUCCCCUAACCACAGACAUCAGGAGAUGGAGAACCGGAUUCGGGCGCUUUAUGCCCAACUUUUGGAGAAGGAUGCCAUUAUAAAGGUCAUGCAGCAGCGGUCACGACGGGAGCAAGGCCUACGACCUGCUCGAUCUGUUCCCUCCAUCAACACGGCUGCCACAGCUAGCAUUACCCAAACCAAAGGGAAGAGCCUCUCGGAUGACCAGACAGCAGCCGCGUCAUUGCCCCCGUUGCCCCAUCUGCUAGCCAAAACCCAGUGUCGAGACAGGAGCACCCAGUGUGAAGAACAUUCAGAUGAGACCAACCCUAAAACAGAACCUGCUCCACAAUCUUCCAUUGCUUUCAGUCCUGAUUCUACUGCUCUCCCCACAAACCAGAUCAGCAGAGCUGUUGAAAACGACAUGGUGGAGAUUCUCAUCUGAGAUGAAUGGGUGUUCAGCUCGAUGCUGCCUGCUGUUCUUACACACAGAAGAUUCUCAUUGGAUGUCCAUCUGAGGACCAACCACAUCAAGAGAAUCCUGUGCUUGCUAUGAGAAGGAGCUCGCCAUUGAAGCAUCAGACAGAGAGAAGAAUGAAUAGUGGGAGUAACCUAAAACUGAUCCUCGGUGAAGGAGAGCUGAGCUCUCCUGACAGUUCCUCCACACGUUAAAGUACAGUGUUCAUUCUCAGCUGGUGGCUCUCAACCUGGACUGUGAGAUGUAUGGUCUGAAUGUGAGGUACUUGGACAGUACUCUACAGAGCUCCAAAAAGCUACCACGAGACAUCUUAAGUGCUUAUAAACACAUUGUAUAUGUUCUUUUGUAUUUAUGAGUAUUGCUGCUGACUGUGUGACAGAAUGGAGAAAUAGGAAGAAAUAUCCCACUGUUGUGAAACUUUUGUUUUUGCAUUUGCUUUUCGUUUGAGGAGCAACUAAGGGCAGUGUUGUUGUUUUUUUUUUUAACCAACUAAGUAUACCGACCCAUGUAAGACUAUAUCCCCACAUUCCUAGAUAAAAGCACAGACAAAUAUAUCUCUAACUGUGUGCUCCAUGUAUAGUAGAUAUACCAUCGCAACUGCUUCAUCCUUAAAUAUCAAGAAAAGAAUAGUUUGGAUUGUAGGAGGCCAAAUACAGUUUGAACCUGUAGGCCUGGGAUUAGACAAUUUACCAGAAUAGUUAGGUAAAUACCUUCACUAGCACUCCCUUUGACUAAAUUAUCAUUACAGUUGGCGUUCUUACUAUAACUGACUGACAGCGGGUGCUGCUCGCUCCCAGAUUUAAGUAGAGGAAUGGGAAGCCUCCUUUUGGGGACAGUGGAUGAGUACAUGCUCUUUUAGUGGCACUUAGGGAAGUGUUACCCUUAGGAGGGACAGGGGGCUGAUGUUUCAGAUGCCAUAUUAUGAUUAUUUUGCGCCCAGAACUGCGACCACCAUGCUUGCCACUCCCUCGCAGACAAGCUGGAGCUAAUCUUUCCACAUUCUUCCGUGGCAGAAUGCCCCUGCUCAGAGGAAAAAUGCUAUCUGCAGUCUGACCUUUGGCCUUGUUCAAAACGGCUGGCAUUUAGACUACCAUCCUCUUUUUGGAUCUGUUUAUUUGUGUAGUGCUGCAGUAGCUGGUUAUACUGUAAGCAUGCAACGCUAGUUUAAUUUUGUGACUCUAAGGUUCUCCAAUGUUGCGACUGUGACUAGCCUUGAUUUCUGAGACAGAGACUUUUCUGCCUGUUCGCAAUCAAGACUACAUUUGCAUUAUGGUGGGAUAACGAUAUAAAAGGUUACCGUGAAAACAAACAGUCUUAUCUAUGUGGGUAAUAAGUAUCAUACCAUGUUAAUUUAACCUUUCUCGCUGUCAUUAAAUGCUACUUUUAUUUUCCUACUGGCUCUGAUACAACGCACUUGCUGGUCAAUGCUUUGUAGUGGAGUCAUGCUUGUUUUGUUCACUACUUGGACUGUUUACAGAAAGGGCUGUUUUGAAACGAGAGAAUUUAAUAUAUUUUGUGUAUUAUUUUACUUUUUGGUAUUUAGUAAUGUGAACAUGCCAAAGAUUUGCAUUACAAUUAAGUUAUAUAAUAAAAUGAGCAUUAGCGACAUGAAAUGUAGAUACGCAGUUCAAACUGGUUGACCCAUAUUUGGAUGUUGCUGUGAACUUCAAGAAUGGGGAAUUGUUUUGUAUGUCAUUUAACAUUUCAGUAAUUUGAAUAAAAUUUUAAUAUAUA